AUGAAGUCUCCUUUUGUUGUGUCUCAGGUGGGAUGCCGCUGCGCCGGCGAAGAGAACUUGCGCGAUUACGAGGGCUACAGCUUCGAGGACUACAAGCAAGAGUUCUCCAAGUCGUACGCUGAUCACGAGCUCGAGAGCAGGAAAUCGAUCUUCGAGGCGAAUUUGCGGAAGGUGCAAGCACACAACGCCGAGUACAGGCAGGGACAUCGCACCUGGUACAUGGCCAUGAAUGAGCUGGCCGACCUCUCCUCGGAGGAGUUCGGAGUGAGGCGCUCCACCAAGGUGGCCCACGCUGUGAACCGGCCGUUUUUGCAGCUCGAUGCUGAGGUGCACAAGCCGAACCCGGCCGCUUUCGACUGGCGCAGCAAGGGGGUCGUCACGCCCGUGAAGGAUCAAGGCGGAUGCGGGUCAUGCUGGGCAUUCUCGGCUACCGAGACGGUCGAGUCCCACUACGCGAUCGCAUCUGGCAAGUUGCUGACGCUGGCUCCGCAGACGUACGUGGACUGCGUGGAAAACCCUGAUGAUUGCGGAGUGCGGAUGCUGGUGUUGAAUGUCGGUGGAGUUUUAAAAAGCCGAUGA